CGUACAUUCAAAAUUUGAAUUACAUUGAACGCGUUUUUCCUACCCCUCUUUCUUGAAGUAAACACAUUGGAUAGAAAAUCUAAUAAUUUUUGUAUUUAACACUUGAUUCAAGAAAAAUAAUGAGUUUCUACUCAUUUUUAAAUGUAGCGAAAAGAGUGACAAUAUCAUGUCCCCACCUUUGUAGACGGAUCCUGCUAAACAACCACGUCAAAGAAAUUAAUGUGGGAAAGCAUCUUUUUUCAUCAAAACCUGAAGAUGUAACGACUAAAUUAAUGGGAUUCUUUGAUAAUAAGAAAAAUUGGGGUGAAAAUGAAGUUAAGCAUGGAAGAAAUUGGACAUUGCCGGAACUUCGAAUUAAAUCCAAUCAAGAUCUUCACAAACUUUGGUUUGUUCUUUUAAAGGAGCGAAACAUGCUUCUAACCAUGGAACAUGAAUGCAAAAGAGAUCACAGAUUGUUUCCUAGUCCAGAACGUUUGGAUAAAGUGAAAAUAUCUAUGGAAAAUUUGGAAACCGUAGUAAAGGAAAGAAAUAAAGCUUAUCAUGAGUUGGAAACUGGAGAAACAGGACAAAGGCCAGAGGAAGUUAGACCAAACCUGUUUCAAAUACCAGAACGAUAUCGUUCAAAAGAAUAUCCUCUUCCAGCUCACUUAAACAAGGACUUCACUGUAAGAAAACUUCUUGUGAAAAGAAGAAUCUUCCGCGAUUUUUUGCGUAAAUAUCGAGAACAAGAUUUGAUAGCUAAAAAGAGAGCUAGAAACAGAGAUAGAAAUGAAGUUAUUCAUUUACUCAAAAGAAAUCCAGAUUUAGAUAAACAAAUGCUUCAGGAAAAGUAUCCAACAGUAGAUAUUCCCAUGUUAGAGAAGAAAGAUAAAUUUAGAGGACAUUAUGUUCCAAAAUUGUGAAAAAGCUAGACAACAAUAAAAGAACCAGUAAUUCAAAUAAAAUCAAAAUUAUUCAUCAAA